AGGAAAAACAUGUUUCAAAAACAGGAAGUAGGCCUUGUACUCAAAAUGGAAACGGUUGUGCCAAAGUAGCAGAAAAUUCCGAUUUAACAACCCCUUCCUUCACCGAAAACUGCUCUUUUUACCGUCUUUGCCUUCAGAAAUGAUUGAAGAUUGCUGAUGUAAACGCUUAAACUGGAAUACGUCCGUGUCGACUGAGGAUUUUGGUGAAAAACUGAGGAUUCACUCGGGGUUGGCGUUUUCCUCAGUUCUGUGCUGCCUUCACCAAAACUUAAUCUUCUUCUUAAUGUACUCCUUCGUAGUUUAAAUUCUCCUUUUUAAAGUUUGCCUCUGUAUUAAUCACAAUGAGGAGAGGUGUAGGAGCCGGAGCCAUCGCCAAAAAGAAACUGGCAGAGGUGAGAUUAAGAACAAAGUGUACUAAAUGUUUUUAUUCUUACAGUAACUUGUUUUUUAAGAAGAGUUUAUUUCACGUAUAUCUUUUUUCAGGCCAAGUACAAGGAAAGAGGAAAUGUUCUUGCAGAGGACCAGAUUGUUCAGGUAAGUCCUUUUCUCAACAGAAUUUUUCAACAGCAAAUAGGGGAGAGUGGGGUAAGUUGAGCCACCCCCUGUUUCUUGGAAAUGGUCAAAGAAAUCGAUCAUGUGACCAAAUAUUUAGGAGAUGGGCAUCAAUUCAUGGAGUCUGUGAAGGUUAGAAGCACAUGGGUGAAAGAGUUAGGCAUUUAUUUACAAAAAAAAAAAAAACAUUUUUCACUCUUCAGAUCAUUUUAAAUUUGUUUGAAACAUCAAUUGUGGUAUCUAUGAGCUACAACAUGAGGUCAAAAACCUAACAAAAGUCCACCAUUUUAGCUCAGAGGACUAAUAAAGUCAGUAUAGUAUUUCUGGGAUAAUUGAGAAAGUAACGGAGUCUGAUGAGAGAUCAGAGUUUCAGAUCAGAUUGUUGAAAUGUUUGACUUUUUCUUUUCUCAAAAAUACAGCUGUGAAUGUUCUGAAUCACUUAAAGACAUUCUCAUGUUAGAAUGAGCUUUUUACAAAACAGCUUUUUAGCAGUUAUAUGAAAUAAUAAAAAGUAUUAUUGUACCAGUUGAAUAGUGUAUAAUAGAUAAAAAUACACAUAAAUGUGAAGAAGUGACUGUUAUUUAGGGAGAGAGGAGGUGAGGGAUAGUAAGGAUACGGCUCAGUUGACCAUAGGAGACCACUUUUUUUUUGGCAUGCUAUAUUAUCAAGACAGUUCUGUUUACGCUCAUUCUGUGACUGACCAACAUCCUGAAAUACAUGCAGAUACACUAGUUAGAGACUAAAUUAUGAUUGCCUCGAUGUAGUGAUCUGAAAUAUGAGAAAGGUGUCAUCUUACCCCACUCUUCUCUAGAAAGAAACUGACAAAACUUUGAGUUCGAUAGAAAAAAAAAGGGUCUGGGCUGCACUCUUUGUUACGUUAUUUACUCUGUGGCCAAAACAUUUGGUGCCAGCAAGGUUUUAAAAACUCUGUUUUAACAGGCAGAGACCUCAAACAGAACCAAACUCUCUUUCUAUGAGCAGGUGGUCUUUCUGCAUCUGUUCAUAGAAACUAAAAAAUGAUUGACAUUGACUUAACAAUAUCUUCUUUUUCUCUCAGAUGUCCAAACAGUUGGAGACCUUCAAAUCAAACUUGGAGGAGUUCGCCAGCAAACACAAACAAGAAAUCCGAAAGAGCUCCCAGUUCAGGGUUCAGUUUCAGGAGAUGUGCGCCACGAUAGGAGUUGACCCUCUAGCCUGUGAGAAGCAUUUCAGACUGGUAUCUGCAAAAAUGAACCGGAGGUCGUAUGUUUGGAAUUAGAUUUUUUAUUUUAACCACUAUCAUCUGAUCUUUUUCACACAGCUGGCAAAGGUUUCUGGUCUGAGAUGCUUGGUGUCGGUGAUUUCUAUUAUGAGCUCGGCGUACAGAUCAUUGAGGUGUGCCUGGCUCUGAAACACAGAAAUGGAGGUUUGUCAGUCUUUAGUAACUUAAAGGGAUAUUCUGGCGUAAAAUUAAUUUUGGGUCAUACACACCGUAACACCAAGUUAGAGUGAUGAAUGUUGCAGACCAACUUUAGUGACGACAGCACGAUAGCAAUACAAAGAGCCACGCACUCAACCAAAACGCCACUCUGUAGCCACAAGAAGCAAGCGGUCGUCAACAUUUAUCUCUCAUGGGGGUGUCUAAACUCGUUGUUACAGUGUGUUUGACCCUAAAUUAAUUGUGCGCUGGAAUAUCCCUUUACCUAAAAACUACAACAACAGUUUAAUUAAUAAUGUUACCGACUUUUAAAUGCUCAUAUGUUUGUUUGUUUGUUUUUUUUCCAGGGCUUAUUACUCUGGAUGAACUUCACCAGAGAGUGCUGAAGGGAAGAGGGAAAUAUGCCCAGGAUGUGAGCCAGUAUGUGCCUAAUUUUAUCACCCUUUACAGAACCGUUUACAUCUUAUUUGCAUCGUUUAAUGCUGAUGUUUCAGUCCUGUCUGGUCUGAUUGUUGAUUAUUUUCUUCUCAGAGAUGACUUAGUGAGAGCCAUAAAGAAACUGAAGGUGAUGGGGAACGGCUUCGGGAUGAUUCCUGUUGGAGGUUCCUACUUGGUUCAGUCGGUCCCUGCAGAGCUCAACAUGGAUCACACUGUCGUUCUACAGCUGGCCGAGGUGAGAUGCUGCCCUGUUAAGUUGAUUAAACACUCAGAAAGACCUUCUGUAAGCAUGGUUACCAAACAGGGAGAUCAUAUUUGUGUCUUUAUCUCGUGUUAUCUUCAGAAAAAAGGUUACGUCACUGUGAGCGAGAUCAAGGAGAGUCUGAAAUGGGAGAAGGAACGGGCCUGUCAUGUCCUGGUAAGUGAAAAUCAGCUCGUUUCAAGUCAAAACAGGAAGAUGCAAAAUUGCAAAAUCUGCUGCUAAAUACUGGCUUCAAUAAUCUGAAACGGCCCAGUCUGACAGUCAAAUGUCAGAAAACAUGUUUGAGAAAGAUUUUAGGUGUUUUUUUGGAUUUAUAGUUUGUCUUUGUCACAUUUGUUCAGAUAGAGGAGGCAAGUUCUGCAGUCUGUCAGUAGGAGGAGCUCUAGCUCUUCUGGCUCCACCCUUCAAAACAGACGAGUCCGUCUUUUCUUGCAUUUUCAUUCUCUCUCCCUCUCUCUCUCUCUCUCUCUCUCUCUCUCUCUCUCUCUCUCUCUCUCUCUCUCUAGGAUCACCUGCUAAAAGAAGGCCUGGCCUGGUUGGACUCUCAGGCGGCUGGAGAGGCUCAGUACUGGCUGCCCGCUCUCUUCUCUGAGCUCACCUCCCGUGACGUCACACCCGAGGAGGCCAAUCAGAUGACUCCUUAAGAGAUGCCGACAGCUUUAAAGACUUGUUGGUAAACAAAAGGUGCCUGGUGGUGACGUCUCAUAUGAUAGAGUUGGCUGGUUCACUGGGGCUUGAAGGGUUCGGGUGAAUCUCCUCUGAGAUCAUUUUCUGGACACACGGAGGGGAAACUUUCCACAUCUGCUCCUCGGUGACAUUUAUGCCACGAGUCACUGAGAGCAGCUUGAUUUUCACAACACUGCAGAUGAAUCCAGUCUGCCUGGUAUCACGGUUUGUGGGUGUUUAUGGAUAACUCUUAAUGUACAGAUGACGAAGAUGUUAAAAUUUUCUUGUAUGAAUAAUAAAUUUUAAAGCUACUCUGAGGAGUUUUUUUCAACUGGUUAUGAAAAAAUGACUAACACA